AUGGACAGAGAAAACAUGGUGAACUCUACAGUGAACACCAGCGUGAUAGACAUCCCCAUGGGCACCCACAGUCUCUGGGAGGUGAUCACCAUUGCGACUGUGUCAGCUAUAGUGAGCCUCAUCACCAUUGUGGGAAAUGUUCUUGUUAUGGUCUCUUUUAAAGUCAACAGCCAACUGAAGACAGUUAAUAACUACUACCUGCUGAGUUUGGCAGCUGCUGACCUCAUAAUUGGUGUUUUCUCCAUGAAUCUGUAUACUUCUUACAUACUCAUGGGAUACUGGGCCUUGGGGAACCUUGCAUGUGACCUAUGGCUGGCAUUGGACUACGUGGCUAGUAAUGCCUCCGUCAUGAAUCUGCUUGUGAUCAGCUUUGACAGAUAUUUCUCCAUCACCAGGCCGCUGACCUACAGAGCUAAAAGGACUCCUAGACGAGCUGGGAUCAUGAUUGGCUUAGCUUGGCUAGUGUCACUGAUUUUAUGGGCCCCGCCUAUUCUCUGCUGGCAAUACAUUGUAGGGAAAAGGACUGUACCUGAGAGGCAAUGCCAGAUCCAGUUUUUUUCCGAGCCUGUAAUAACAUUUGGGACAGCAAUUGCAGCUUUCUACAUCCCUGUGUCAGUUAUGACGAUCCUAUACUGUCGCAUCUACAAGGAGACAGAGAAGAGGACCAAAGAUCUGGCAGAGCUUCAGGGGGUUAACUAUCAUACGGACUCUGAAGUGACACAACCUCAAAAAACUGUAAUUAGAUCAUGCUUCAGCUGUAAACUAAGAUCAGCUUCACGUGAUAUGAACCAAGCCUCCUGGUCCUCCUCCAGCAGAAGCAACGCUGCCAAGUCAGCUGCCACCACCAGUGACGAAUGGUCCAAGGCUGGUCAGCUGACCACCUUCAACAGCUACGCCUCCUCAGACGAUGAGGAAAGGCCAGUGUCUCCAGCAAGCUUCCGGCCAUCCAUCAGGAGCCAGGCUUGUGAGGCCAACAAGAGUGGGGUGGCCAGUGAGAGCGAACAACUCAGCAGCUACGACGAAGACAGUUUUUUCCAGACACCACCCAAAAGUAACUCUCAGAAAAGCAACAAGUGUGUGUCCUACAAGUUUAGACCGGUGAGCAAGGACGCUCUGGUGGAGCAGCGGACCAAAAACGGAGACACCAAAAUGGUAUCAUCAGCGUUCUCCUCAGCUGAGUCCAUGAGUGCUCCAUCCACAUCUUCUGCAUCAAAGCCUGCGGACACUUCCCUAAAGAACCAGAUCACCAAGAGGAAGAGGAUGGUGUUGAUCAAGGAGAGGAAGGCAGCUCAGACCCUCAGUGCCAUCUUACUGGCCUUCAUCCUGACAUGGACGCCUUAUAACAUCAUGGUGCUGAUUUCCACUUUCUGCUCAGACUGCAUCCCCUUGUCCCUCUGGCAUCUAGGCUACUGGCUGUGCUACGUCAACAGCACCGUCAAUCCCAUGUGCUACGCCCUUUGUAACAAAACAUUUCAAAAGACCUUUCGCAUGCUGCUGCUCUGCCAGUGGAAAAAGAAAAGGAUUGAAGAGAAACUAUACUGGUAUGGGCAAAAUCCUGUGGUCAGCUCCAAACUGACAUGA